ACAGGGUUACCGGUCAGAAGCCACUCAAGCCUGGCCAGACAUACAGAAGAACCCAAGAGAGAGAGGCGAGUGGGGGAGGCAGAGGCGACCCACAGGAGCGAGAGCAAGCAGGCAGGCAGGGGCUGUAGGGCCAGGCUAGUGGGGACACAAGGCGUAAAGAAAGGAGGGCCUGUGACUGCCAGGGCAGAGCACAGCUGGAGCCAGGAGGCCAGAGAGAGCCUCAGGGGGCCAAGGGAGGGUGCACAGCCCAUAGAGCCCACUGGAGUGUGUGGAGGGGGCAGCCCUGGUGCCGCGGGGAUGAACUUUGCCGUGGGCUUCAAGCCAAUGCUGGGGACCUCGCAGAGCAUGGACAACCUGGAGAAGCAGCUCAUCUGCCCCAUCUGCCUGGAGAUGUUCACCAAGCCGGUGGUGAUUCUACCCUGCCAACACAACCUGUGCCGCAAGUGUGCCAAUGACAUCUUCCAGGCCUCCAACCCACUCUGGCAAUCACGCAGUUCCACUUCAGUCUCCUCCGGAGGGCGGUUCCGGUGCCCAUCCUGCCGGCAUGAAGUUGUGCUGGACCGGCAUGGAGUUUACGGCCUGCAGCGCAACCUCCUUGUGGAAAACAUAAUCGACAUCUACAAGCAGGAAUCCUCUCGGCCCCUCCACGCCAAGGCAGAGCAGCAGCUGAUGUGUGAGGAGCAUGAAGAUGAAAAGAUCAACAUCUACUGCCUGACCUGCGAGGCCCCCACGUGUUCCAUGUGCAAAGUCUUUGGGGCCCACAAGGACUGCGAAGUGGCCCCUCUGACCAACAUCUACAAGCGCCAGAAGGGAGAGCUGAGCGAUGGCAUAGCCAUGCUGGUGGCUGGGAACGACCGCAUCCAGGCCAUCAUCGCCCAGAUGGAAGAGAUCUGCAAAACCAUCGAGGAUAAUGCGCGGCGGCAGAAGCAGCAUCUCUGCCUGCGCUUCGACUCCCUGUACAGCACCCUGGAGGAGCGCAAGAAGGAGUUGUUGCAGGAGAUUGGGCGAGAGCAGGAGGAAAAGGUCCAACGGGUGCGGGGGCUGAUCCGCCAGUAUGGGGACCACCUUGAGGUCUCCUCCAAGCUGGUUGAGUCAGCAAUCCAGUCCAUGGAGGAGCCCCAGAUGGCCGUCUACCUCCAGCAGUCAAAGGAGCUGAUCAAAAAGAUCACAGACAUGUCCAAGGUGUCUAUGAGCAGCCGCCCAGAGCCUGGGUAUGAAAACAUGGACCACUUCACAGUCAACAUUGAACAUGUGGCUGAAAUGCUGAGAACAAUUGAAUUCCAGACAGAGGUUGCUGGGGAAGAGGCUGAGCCAGAGGGGAGUGGCGAUGCAGAGGAGGGGGAACACCUGGACGUGCCAGAUGCCCCCGAUGGGAUGGAAGAUGGUGAGAACACGCCCAGGCUCAGGCCAAAGCCAGCAAGUGCCUCUCAUGCAGGUCAGCACUGAGGAGCCGCGGCCAAAGCAGCAGGACCCCCCGCCAGGCAGAGGAGCCCCCUUCGCCGAGCUUUUGAUUUGUGGAGAGAAUAAAGUUGUUUCGUC